AACAAAACAGCGGACGGCAUUACUGGAAGAAAAUUAUAUUUCAUGGACGAACGCGUUUCAAAAGUCGAUUUUUUUAUUACCCACAGGGGGCUAAACACAGAGGGGACAAUACAAAGACACAAAAGUAAGGACAAGAAGAAAAAAAAAACAGAUAUAAAAAGGAUGAAUUAAAAUGAAAUGAAAUGAAGCCACUCGACCAGAUAUACGGACGACUCCAUUUGUCCUUGCUAUAAACGAUGGAGACUGGUGCCGUGUUCACAUUUGGACGGUCUAGGUUUGCUGAUAAUAUCCCUAGCAGAUUCUGGGUUCGCAAUGAUCCGAUUCUGCAGUUGGCCUGUGGAGACCAACACACUGCUUUAGUUACAGAAAGUGGUCGAAUUUUUAUGUUUGGUCCAAAUGAUUGGGGUCAGUUAGGUCUUGGACACAGCCGGCAUGUGGACAAGCCAAGCUGUAUCAAAGCACUGAAACAUGAGAAAGUGUCCCUAGUGGCUUGUGGAGGGUGCCACACCUUAAUUGCUACAGAUUCCGGGAAGAUUUAUUCCUUUGGUGCCAAUGGUGAAGGUCAGCUGGGAGCUGUUGGUGUUGAAAAGUCUAUGGAACCAUACCAUAUCAAAAAAUUACCAUCUUGUAUUCGCUAUAAAGCACUUGCUGCUGGCUUUGAGCAUUCUGUUUGUCUUACAGAGUCUGGAGAUGUGUAUAUCUGGGGAAGUAACAGUGAAGGUCAGCUUGGAUUUGGUGACCUUACAGAAUCCUAUGUGCCAACCCGAUUGCUAGCAGAAGAAACCAUGAAGUCUGUAGCUGUAGGAUAUUACCACACAGCAUUAUUAACCGAAAAUGGCUCUGUUUAUAUUUUUGGUGAAACAGAAGGUGGGAAACUCGGUCUUGGAGAUGAAAUCAAGAAAUGUCGCACGCCAGUUAGACUGGUGUCUUUUGACACAACUGUUGAGUCAAUUUCUUGUGGAAGUUCUUAUACAGCGCUAAUUACCAAACAAAAUGAACUCUACACAUUUGGAACUGGUUCCAAUGGAGAACUUGGUCAUGGAACCAGCCAACAGAUGUUAUCAACACCAAAGAAAGUCUGUUUACCAUUUAAGGUGAAAGCAGUUUCCUGUGGUGCAAAUCAUACAGCGAUAACAACAGAAGAUGGUUAUCUUUACACAUUUGGAGAUAGUCGCCAUGGCAAGUUGGCCCAGGGAGAAGACUCUUAUUCCAACCUGUUUGAACCAUGUCUUGUUGAUCAAUUUGAAUCUUAUGUUAUUGAUAAAGUUGUUUGUGGUGGCUGUCACACAAUGGUCGUGGCACAUCAGAAACCUUCACAUCCAGAAAAUACAAACAGUUCAGCUAAAACCUUUAAAGUCCUACCACCAGCUAUAUUGAGUAGUUCAACUGAUUUCUCUGCAACUCUAUCGGCAAGAGACCGGCGUCGACAAACUGCAGAGAGUACUAACUCCUCCCUGAACAGGACACUUCCUUCAUUAUCUGGAAAAGUUCAGCCUGGAAGUCUUUUUGCAUCAUCUGCUCUUGAAAAUGUCCUUUGUCCACCUUCAGAAGAAAAUCACAUUCCACAGCUGGACAGAACCCUACCAAAUGGGAAGUGUUUGAUGGGAAAUCUUGAAGAAUCUGAGGAAAAGGUUGAAAAUUAUUCAGAAAAAGUGGAAGAUGACAUUACCGAGUCACCAAUGAGAAAUCCUUCCAAAACUUUGGCACCAAAGCCAGCCCCUAGAAAACUUAAACCAAAAGAGAUUGUUGCACAAAAAGAAAACGAUUCAGUAAAAGAACUUCUUCCAGAUGUUGUGUCACUCAACAGCACUGAAGAAAUAUUGGAGAAAGAAUUCACCAUUAACAAACAAGAUCUUCCAACUGAACAUUCACAGAAGGUUCCUCUGUCAAAUGGAGUCACUUUGGACCGAAUAGAAAAUGAAGAAUAUCAGAAAGAUGCUCCCAUUCCAAUGAAGCUUGAAAUCAAUCUACAGAGUAAAAAUAAAGAAGAACCAAAAUAUCUAAAUUCAAAAGAAAGCAUCGAAGAAAAAGGUAAGAAAGAAGAUAGUGAAGAUGAAAUUCAAGAAAUUUCCUGCAGUGAAGAGGAAUCGGUAAAUGGUGAAGAUGGAUAUGAGAGGAAAAGGCAGAAGAACAAGAAUGGUGUGGAAGGGGACAAGAAUGGUGUGGAAGAGGACAAGAAAGAUUCUUCAGUGAAGAAAAAGAAAAAGGAUAAAAAGCAAAAAGGCAAAAAACGAAAUAAAGGAGUUGAAGUAAAUGAAAAAAGGGAUCUGGAAGAUGAGAAAUUUACUGAAGGUCAGCAGGAGGAAGAGGAGGAGGAGGAGAAGGAAGUGCAAAAAGAAAAUGAGGAAGAUUUAGAGAAGAAUAACAAAAACAAACAAAAAAGUAAAAAAGGAAUUUUAAAUAUUUUUGGGAAGAAGAAAGUGAUUUCAAAUGUAGAGGAUGAAAGUAAAGAAGGUAAAAACGUAGAAAAAGAAAGUGAAGAAAAGAAAGAAUCUCCAAGGAAGAAGAAAGAAAGCAAGAAGAAAGAGAUUAAAAGUGAUGAAGAGAAGGAAAAAGGGGAAGAAAAAGUGAAGGGAAAAUCUGGCAAGAAGCAGAAUCAUCCAAAACCUGAUUCUGUUGAAGAGGAGGAGGAGGAGGUGGAAGAGGAGGAGGAAAAGGAAAAAGAGAAGGAUGGCGAAAAGGAAGAUGCUAAAGAUGAAAAAAGUGAAGAAGAUAAAAAGAAAGAAACAGAAAAAAGUGAAACUAUUUUGGAAAAUGAUGAGAAAGAUAAAAAUUCCCGGACGUGUUUGAUCCUGUAAAAGGAAGAUUCCGGUGAACAGCACCAACAACAACAACAUCAGGAAACAUGGAAAUUGUAAAAUAUUUUAAAGGAUUACUUUUAGUUGUGUACAUAACUUUUUUUAAAUUCUAAAUUAUUGCCUUGUAACAUUUUGUCUCCCAGUUGUAAAGACUGACAUCUUUUACAAAGUCUUCAAGAGAUUCUGGUACCCAAAGACUUCUCAGCUGAAUUGGCAGAAUUAGUAGAGUGCCACACAAAAUACUGGAUGGGAUUUGGCUAUAAACCUUCAGGUAAUAGGUUCAAAUUGUGUGCAAGUUAACUUAGACCUUCCUUAUUCCAAUAUUGCUAAAAUAGACACCAGACAAAUACUGGAGUUGAUAUAACCAAUUGCAAUGGCUACGGUGCCACAGAAAAAAAAAACAUUCAGCCCAUUCUGUAAAGUGAUUGGCAUUAGGAAGGAAUCUGGCUGUAGAAACCAUGACAAAACAGACAAUGGAACCUGGUGUGGCUGCUGGCCUUAGCAGCUCCUCUCAAACUGUCCAACCCAUGCCAGCAUGGAAAAAGGGACGUUAAAUGAUGAUGAUGACACUUGAAGAACUGGAAGCAACAAACAGAUAAAACAGAUCCAACAGCAAUUACAGAAAGUCUGAAAGGAAAUCGCAGAGUAUCAGCAUAAAAAAAGGGGUCCUACCUUCGAUCACAGAAUAGUGUUAAUUAACAAUCACAAAUGAUUAUUAUUAUUCUUAUUGUAAGGUGAUAAGCUGCAAGAAUUGUCUGACACAAUGCUGCAAACAGUAUUUCUUCCAGUUUUUUAUGUUUGGAGCUAAAAUUCCAUCAAGGUCAACUUUCCCUUUUAUUGUUUUGGGGGUCAGUAAAAUAAAGUAUCAGGUCAAAUACUCAGUCCUCCUAAAACUGUUGGCCUUGUAUCAAAAACUCUAAACAACCUUUGCAGGGAUCAGCCGGAUCAGAAGACCAUCCAAGAAAGGCAACCUUUGUAUCCAACUUAAUGUGGAUGCUUUGUUAGAAUGCUGAAAACUGAUUUUAUUUAACUUGAGAGGAUUUCACAUGGACUCAUGGUGCAUAAAAAACACUUGUAUUCAUCUCAUUGGCAGAUGAGAAUCAUCUGCCAUGGGUGACAGAACUGCCGGAUCAUGUAAUUUCAACCUACCUGGUCUCAUCAGUGACAGAUAUCAAGUAGCUGUAUAUCAGCCAAAUCACACCACCAAUGAUGUAUUUAUAGGAUUUCCAUGUCUUUUCAGGCUUUGAUGUGGCAAAUAGCCUGAAGAGGCUUAUUAAAAAAUAAUUAAUCACAAUGUGCUUCUGUCCAUAGGAGAGAUUCUCUCAGGGCAAAAUAACACAGUAUCAUGUGUUCCAACACAACAUCCACAUUAAGUUGGAUAUAAUGAUUGCCCUUUGGUAUUAAUACUGCUUCUGUUGCUAACUUUAUGUUCUGAGUUCAAAUUCCACUGAGACUGAUUUUAUUUCUCUGCUAAGUACAUGCUGUUUUGUCUGUGUUCUGUCCUUGUAGCAUCAGGUCAACAAAUGAUGGCCUCGGCUGACUUCCUCCCAUAACAAUGGAAUUCUUAUUGCUUUUUUACAGAUCCUCAUCCUCAGACAAAUCUUUUUCUCCAACACUCUAACAACUCUGACAAUUCACCACCUGUUAUUAUUAUUCAGGCUGUGAAUUGGCAGAACUGUUAGCACGCUGGGCGAAAUGUUUAGCAGUAUUUUGCCCAUCGUUACGUUCUGAGUUCAAAUUUUGCCAAAGUCAACUUUGCUUUUCAUCGUUUCGGGGUCGAUAAAUUAAGCACCAGUUGAGUACUGGGAAUCGAUGUAAUCGACUACCCUUCCCCCCCAAAUUUCAGGCCUUGUGUUUAUAAUAGAAACAAUCAUCAUCAUCAUCAAGUCGGUGAGCUGGCAGAAUCGUUAAGCGGUAUUUCGUCUGCUGCUGUGUUCUGAGUCCAAAUUCCACCAAGGCUGACUUUGCCUUUCACCCUUUCAGGGUCGCUAAAUUAAGUACCAGUAAUGCACUGGGAUCAAUGUAAUCGAUACAUCCCCUCCCCCAAAAUGACUGCCCUUGUGCCAAAAUUUGAAACCAUUAUUAUUAUUAUUAUUAUUAAUGUUGUGAGCUGGCAGAAUUGUUAGCACGCUGAGCAAAAUGCUUAGCAGCAUUUCGUCUAUAUGCACGUUCUGAGUUCAAAUUCCACUGAGGUCGACUUUGCCUUUCAUCCUUUCGGGGUUGAUAAAUUAAGUACCAGUGAAACACUGGGGUCGAAGUAAUCGAUUAACCCCCUCCCCCAAAAUUUCAGGCCUAGUGCCUAUAGUAGAAAGGAUUUUUUAAAUAGUUCAAUCUCCUCCUAUCGAUGUCCUUCUGAGUUCUCCGUCCAUUUCUGUCACCUCUGGAUUAUAUUUGUAAAUAGCUGUACACUAUACUAACAAACAAUAGCUGUAAAAAUGUUAAACAAUAAAUAAAAAUGAGAAAUAUUUAACAA